AUGUACAGCCACCACCAACCUCAGCAGCUGAGCAACCUCUCAAAGUCCCUCCCACCGACGCCAAGUCAACUCCAUCCUGCAGUCCUCCACGAGACCGACCCUGUCCCGGACGACUAUUUUGGCGAGUCCGAGGAGGUCUCAUUGCCAUUCCCUAUCAAGACCAUCGUUGCCGACCCGCAGACCGGAAUCAGUCUGACCUUGAUUUCAGCCCUCGGCGCAGGCUCCUAUGCAGUCGUCUAUCUCGCCAAGGAGGUCGCCUCAGGAUCCCUCUACGCGCUCAAGUGUCUCAGCAAGGACAGGCUGACAGAGGACGAAGUGGCUGUCCAAAAGAACGAGGCAAAUCAUACUAGAAACAUUAUCCACCUGUUCAACAUGUUCGAGACCACGCAGCACUUGUUCCUGCUACUCGAGUACUCUUCAGGAAUGGACAUGUAUCAGUGGAUCAGCAUGCGAGCCGACAGGUCCGACCCUGCCUCGGGAGAGCCUUACUCUCUCACGACACGCUAUGUUGUCAUAAAGACAGUAUUUGAUCAAGUGCUGGAGGGCGUCGCGCAGGUGCACCAACGUGGUAUUGCCCACCGCGAUCUCAAGCCGGAGAACUUUUUGAUCGAGUUUGCCGAUGGCCAAUACAUCGUGAAGAUUACCGACUUUGGACUGGCGACGACCGACACGGAGAGCGAUGAGUUUGAGUGCGGCAGCAAACCGUACAUGAGUUUCGGUAAGCUGCAGUGCGGUGAGUGCCGGAAUGGUCUGGAGAAGAUGUACAAUGUUCAGAUGGCAGAUAUUUGGUCACUUGGAAUUAUUCUUAUUAAUCUUCUCUACCAUCGCUGCCCUUGGUCGGACCCUUGCCCACAGGAUUCUUAUGCCUUCUCCGAGUUUCUAAAGAGCAGGAUCGACUUUCUUCAAGGACGGUUUGAGGACAUGCCAGGACCGGUGGCAAGAUGGCUUGGCCUGCGUGCGUUUGCCUUUGAUUCGACCAACAAGACCAAGUGGCGCCGCACCCGUCCGACCAUGGACGAGUGGCGCGAAUGGAUGGUCGACUUUGUUCCCAGGAUGCUCGGCCAGAUCGACUCGGCAUUGAAUGACGACGACGAGGAGGACUAUAAUUGUGAGGAGGAGUAUCGCGCCUAUUUGGCCUACUAUGAGGACGAUAUGCUUGAACGAGAGGUCGAGGGAGAUGAGAUUGAAGAUGACGACAGCGACGACAAGGAUAUGGAUAACCAGGUCGUGCCCAUUGCGAUCCAGUCGUCUUCUCUUAAAGAUAAACAGCACUCGCUCUUGGACCCUGGUCGCGCUUACGCUUCGUAUCAUGUUCCCAGUGAUAUCCGGAAUCAGCAUUCGUUCGCCUCGUCCUCUGCUCCAAAGUUCGACUCGUCCGCAUUCUACCAGCCUACGCGUCUUCGUCAGGAAUCUUGGUCGGAUGCCAUCGAUAUGGAAGGAACCGAGGAUGCCGAGAUGGACUUUUCUGCGCCCAUCCUAUUUGAAGAGUCAGAGGAUGACGAUAUCAACCGGAUUGAGAGCGACGAUGAUGACUCUGGUGGUCUCGCUGUGGCACUCCCAGACGACUUUAUCGACCCUCUUCCCGACAAGAGCGCCUCGUCAUCUGGGCGGCAAACACCCACGCCAGCAAUGACGCAACUCACUUUCAACACCGAGAAGCGACAGCUACCCGCGCAUCUGCGUUUUGAUCUGGAAUCACCCAUCUCGCCAUCGUCGCAGGACUCUGCCAAAAAGGCCGCUGGAAGAGGGUCACCCGGAUUGGAGAACAUUGACAUCAACACUCUGGUGUUUAUCGAGCCAGACGUCUCACGACUCCCGGUCGAUCAAAACCAAAUCGGCUCUAUCGCAUCCUCUCUUCCGUCCACCAGCCAUAUGGAAGCCGCCAUGAGCACGGAUUCCAUCAAGAACAACGACCGCGUCCAUUUGAAGCAGCACAUGAGGAAGCCAGCACGCAAUCUCCAGGAUGUCAAGGCAGCCCCUUUUGUAUUUCCUCCGCUCAAGACUCCUACAUCUGGCAAUCCUCUGAUGAUCGAAAACCACAUCAAGGAGAAGGAUACGAAGGAUGUUACUCCACAACUAGCGCUAGCACCUAAGCCUCAGCCUUUCAUGGAUUCGACACCCCAGCAUGCUCCCAAAACAUCUACAACAGGUACCGCUAAGCCCGGUCCCUAUGUUAUACCCAAACGGUCGCAGCUUGGUCCCUGGGCUGGUCAGGCUCAAGAGUCAGGAUCCAGGACCUCAGAACCCAAUUCCUUCGGCGCAGGUCGCAUUUUCAACUGGAGGAAGAGCCAUCACCGUGGUGGCAGCUGGACAUCGACCGAAAACGCGCGGGAAGGCCGCCGAGGUUCUGCGACGCGAUAUACUAACGAUGGGCCAAGGACGAGCUCUGGAAAGUGGCGUGCUCGUGUGGAGGAUCGCGAGGAUGGACACGUUGGACUGCCCCCUCGUGUUGAGAACAAGUUCCGCCCCAGAUACCGCCAGGGUCAAGGCCAAGGUCAGGGACGUCGUUAUCCGCCUCAAGUGGGAUCUGCAGCCCUCCCACCGACUCCACCAAUUAUGCACAUGGGAUUCGGAGGCCCUCGAUCGCGCCAUCAGAGUCGGUCUGGAACUGUAUUUGACCCUCCUGCAACAAACGAUCCAGAUUCCCGUGGAUCGCUUAGCAGAGAUGGUGGACUCAGAGAUGCCCAGCAGUCCUCGCAAGACCAUGCACCACGCUACGAAAACAGCCAACUUCGGAUGAACGGAAAGCCGAACCCAGGAGCCACUCCUUCGCGACUCGCUGGUCAACGCAACAAGAGUCUUGUGGAUUUGCGCGGUAUGGGCGCAACCAACCAACCCUGGCGGCAGUCGACUGGAUCCAACGAACCCAGCUCUGCGCCACAGGGUCCUUUAAGUGCUUCGACAAAGCCGCGACCUCAGAAUGGCAACGGUUUUGAUUCUGUACCACGCAGAAACGGUCCAGGCACUCACCCUCUAGAGCAGAGCUUUCCGAACCCCACCUCGACCAAGACGCGUCCGGCUGAGAAGGGACUAGGAUUGGCUGAUGGCGAUGCAAAGGACAAUGUCUACCAUCCGCCGCAUUGGCAUGAGCGCAAGUCAAUCCCUUCCGGCUAUUCCAAUCAAUCGCGACGACCGUCGAGUGGAUACGAGUCUGAUGUCGGCAGCCGACACCGUCACGACACCUCUGGAUCGCUUAGCUCCCUUGGCUCCUUGUCCAAGAGCCAGAGCGGAUCAAGAGGUGGAGUGCGCCCAGGCGCAGGGGCAGGAGGAGGGUAUCCAGGACUCAACAUGACUUCGCCCCCGCUGGACCGCAAGCAAGUGCAGCAACGGACGGCCGAUACUGCCACAAAUUGGAGGUCUAUGACUGGAACACAGGACUCUUCGUCUCGUCACACCAAGAAGGGAUCAUCUGAAUCUGGCACAAUGUCAAUGGACUCUGCGUCGUCGUCUUUGAUUUCGCUGAACCUGUCGCGAGCUGAAGGCUUAGGUUUGACGGACUCGCCGUCGAUGAUUUUGACGCCACCGACGCCGAAUGUGAACCGCAAGUCGGAGUUCUUGUCGGAUGAUCCAGUUCCUCCUGUGCCACCGAUUCCCUCCAUGGCCCAUGAGAAUUCCGCAGAUAGGUCUGUAGCAGCGAAUGGCGAAGCAAACAAGAAGAUUGUCAAGCCCGGGACAAUGGCAGGACUGGGCAGCAUGUUGCGAGGACUGGUCGCCUACAACAAGAAUAUCAAGGUUGCAGGCGAAACGACAGGGGUACCAGAGUCGGCAGACUUUGAACCCAGAGCAUUGGGAGCCUCUAACCUUAACGCCCGUUCCGACCGCGAUGCAAACAUGGAUCGUUGA